UUUUGAGAGAAACCUCACUUGCUGUUCUUAAAUUGUGUACUAUUAUUUUAAAACUGUGCAACAAAUAAUACAUUUAAAACUUCAAUAUAUAUAUAAAAUAUAUAAGUUUUACUUGAAAAUGGGUUGGGGAAAAAGCUAUUUCUUGCUACAUACUAUGCUAUCUGCAUUGACAUUCGUUUCCAGUUACGAUAUGAGUUCAGAUGAGCUUGCAAGACUUCUAGAAUAUGCGAUUGACAUUAACCAAGAUCCUUGUGAAAAUUUUUAUGACUACGUUUGUGGUAACUGGAAUAACACUUUUAUAAGACCUGAGCAUUAUGAUGUUUGGGAUAAUGAUGAAAUAUCAAAAGAUAGUAUGAUCUAUAAAAUUAAAACAGUUUUAGAAGAUCAGCAUAAUUAUAUUAAUAAGCAAUUACUUUCAAAGGAAAAAGCAUUCUAUCAUGCAUGCAUGGAUACAGGUCAUUCGUUUGAAGAAGGAAAAAGACUGUAUAAAAAUAUGGUAAGAGAAAGUCAGAAUGCUGGACCAGAGUGGCAAGAUGUAGCUGAAUAUUAUGCUAAUAAAAUUGGUGAAAUCUCUCUUUUUCAUAUUACAUUAGGUCCCCAUAAAGAACUGCAAAUUCUUAGACCAUCUCAGACGAUAUCAAACAGUAAACCAUAUUCACAGAUGCAAAGGUCAUUCCUAGACAUGUAUUUAAACAGUAAUGCCUCCUAUAUGUGGUAUAAUGAUAAACAACCAAAAACUUCCAGCUUCAAAAGAACUUUUAAAAAUUUUUUAUCAUCUAUAAAUAAGCUGGUUUAUAGUCAAUCACUUCCAUUGAUUCCAGUCACUAUUGAAAGAUUUCAAAAAAUGUAUGAAGAUACUUGUCCUUCAUUGAACUCUGUAACUAAGAUAGAUUGGUUACAAUUUCUUCAACAACUUUCGGGAGGUAAUAUUGGUACUCUUGAAACAUCGCACGAGGUAGAAAUUGAUUGGUCGUAUUUAAAACAUUUAUGUGAAAUAUUGAGUUCUGUACAACAUAGCGUAAUCGUUCGAUAUUUGCAGUACAAUUUUGAAGCAAAUGAUGAUGUAAUGUACUUUACUUCAAAGAAGUUACAAAGAAUGAAUCAUAAGGAAAGAUCGUACUCUUGUAUCUUGAAAAUGCCAUUAACAGAAGGGUAUUAUAAUGUUCUGGCUCCCAAAGAAUAUAUUUCUAGAAAGUUUUCUUUCUUACUACUAGUACUUAAAAAAUUACAAAUCGAAUUGAUAAAACAAAUUGGUAAUAGUUGGUUGGAUGAUGGCUUAAAAGAAAAAGCAAUGCGUGUGGCGGGACAAAUAAAGCUUUACCAAAGCAAAAUGAAUUUUCCUAUUAUAAAAAACGAGAUAGAAUUAACUUCAUAUACGUUUGAAGUUACUCCUGUUGCUGUGCAAAAUUGGCUCAAUUAUAAGAAAGCCCAAACAGUAAACAAAUUCAAUUUGUUUUUAGUUACCACAAAAGGAAAUAGGUUAAAUAGAAGAAGUAAGAGGGAUAUAGAAAUGAAUGCAUUCUACAUGAGUCGUGGAAAUAUAAUGGUGAUAUCACUUGCAUUCUUGUUUCCACCCUUGUUCUACUGGGAUGCACCAGUGGCUUACAACUUCGGAAGAAUAGGAUUUAUAAUAGGUCAUGAAAUUUCUCAUGCUUUCGAUUAUACGCGUUUUUUACCAGAAUUUGGAUAUCAACCUCAAAAUCUUGAUCAUUUCAAUGAGAUAAUGACUAAUAAAUGGCAAUGUUUUGAAAACCAAUUCGACCAACUUAAUGACGGUACUGGUGGAAUGACAGCAAAAGAAAAUUAUGCUGAUACACAAGGACUGAAAUUGGCAUUUAAAGCAAUGAGACGAUAUUUUGAGGUAUUUCCAGAUGAAGAAACUCAGAAAUUAGGAUAUCUCUAUCGUAUCGAUGCAAACAAACUAUUUUUCAUAGCCUUUGCGAAUAGAUUUUGUGAAAGUAGAAAAGUUCCAUAUUCCAGCCAAACUCAUUCACCAGCCAUGAUAAGAGUCAUUGGAACUUUACAGAAUAUGAAGGAAUUUGCAGAAACAUUUAACUGUAAAAUUGGGUCACCAAUGAAUCCUUUAAGGGAGAGAUGUGAUUUUUGGGAAGCAACAAAUUGACAAUCUCCGUAAAUAUAAUGUAUACCUUUGGAUAAAUUUUGAAAAAAUUAUCUUUAUCUAAAGAAUCUAAUGCAAUUUUGUUAGACAAGAAUCAAUAAAAAAUAUCUAAAAAUCAAA